UUAGGAUCAUUAGCCUGGUUUUGCUUUCUUCGGUCUUCACUCUGUUUUUCUCUCCAUCUAUUUUCUGGGAAGAAAGAAAGUAAAGCUAUGGUGGCUAUUCACUAUUUCAUUUCAUCUCUGUACUUUGUCUUCUGUUUGUUUUCUCUUUCACUCUCAAACUCUGAUUUCAAUGCUUUACUAUCUUUCAAGGCCUCUGUAUCCGACCCUAAUAACUCUCUUUCUUCCUGGCUCAACUCAACUCAACCUUGUACUCACCCAUGGUUCGGAGUCACCUGCAACCCUUCGACUCACCGAGUCAUCAAACUUGUUCUCGAGAACUUGAACCUAACUGGCCCUGUUCAACCAUUGAGCCAACUCAGCCAACUCAGACUUCUCAGCCUCAAGAACAAUUCCCUUUAUUCCUUAAACAACUUGAACCUUUCUUCGUGCCCUCAUUUAAAGAACAUCUACCUCUCUCACAACCGAUUCCGCGGAAUAUUUCCUUCCGGAGUAUCCAAUAUCCGCCGCCUCCACAGACUUGAUUUGUCGUACAAUUUUUUCACCAGUGAAAUUCCGAUGACCGAGUUGGCUCGCUUGCCCAGUUUGUUGACUCUGCGGCUAGAGGCGAAUUCCUUCACCGGAACUCUCGACACAGCUGACUCAAUUUCUCUGUCGCUAACUGAUUUUAAUAUUUCAAAGAACAAACUGUCCGGCGAGAUUCCGUCGUGGAUGUCACGUUUUCCUGUAAGUUCAUUCGGCGGGAACGAAAAUCUCUGCGGUCGGCCUUUGGCGUCGGAUUGUUCAAAUCGGACGGCGGAGUCUGAGGCAUCACGAUCAAGCUCAAGGAGAUUGAGAGAUAUAAUAGUCCUAGUAAUCGUUCUAUUCGACGUGGUGGCAAUUGUAGCGGCAGUCGUGACAAUCACGUGGUGUUGUUACAAGAGAAAAAGAAACCGUCGUGGUGGUGGUGGGUUCCGCAACGAAACGGAAAUGAAGCCUGGUACCCACCAUAACGCCAGAUACGGUGGCGAACAAGAAGCGGAAAUGGUGUUGUUUGAGGGGUGUCAGAAGGGUUUUACAAAGGUUGGCGAUUUGCUAAAAGCAUCAGCCGAAUUGUUAGGAAAAGGGUGUGUGGGAACCACCUAUAAGGUUGUGAUGGAGGGCGGUGAUGUAGUUGUCAAGAGGAUCAGGGAAAGGAAGAAGAAGAAGGAGGUUGAAGAAUGGCUCAACGUGAUUGGUGGAUUGAGGCACUGUAAUAUUGUGAAUCUCAGAGCAUAUUGUAACACCAAGGAUGAAUUGCUUCUGGUUUAUGAUUUUCUUCCAAACGGAAGCCUGCACGCACUCUUGCACGGAGAUAGAGGACCGGGAAGGACUCCAUUAGAAUGGACUAAAAGGUUAAAACUAGCUUCUGAUUCUGCGAAGGGCUUAGCUUUUCUUCAUGGUUACGAUAAAGUUAAGCUUUUUCAUGGGCAUCUUUCGUCAUCUAAUAUUGUCGUUGAUCAGAUGGGCAAUGCUUGUAUAUCUGAUACCGGUGUCCACCAGCUUUUGCAUACACCCCUUUUAAUAAACAACGCCUAUAAAGCCCCAGAGGUGAAGUCUAACAACGGCAGCAGCUUUAGCCAAAGAAAAUAUACGCAGAAAUGUGAUGUUUACAGCUUUGGGGUGGUGUUGUUGGAGAUUUUAACUGGGAAAAUGGAGACCGGAGAUGGAGAAUCGAGUAUAGUGUUGUGGGUGCAGAGGACUUGGGCAGAAGAGAAUCCAUGGGAGGUGUUUGAUUUCGAGUUAAUUAGAGACAAAGAAAUGGAGGAGGAAAUGCGGGCUCUGUUGCAAGUUGCUGGGCUCUGCUUGUCUCCUUUACCAAAAGAUCGUCCCAAGAUGAGCUUGGUGCAUAGGAUGAUUGAAGAUAUUAGGACCAAAGGUUCAAUUGAUGGCGGAAAUUCAUUCAUGAAUAAUCUAUCUUCGGAUUCUUCCCCAUCUCUGUCUGAAACUACCCUUAAUUAACUUCAGAAUAUAGCAAUGAAAAAGAGGAAAGUGAUUUCAAUAAAUUUAUUUACAGGGGGAGUGAAUCCAUGUUUGUAUUCCUAGAGAUGUCUUAUAUAUUUAUAAAAUUUGAUCAUAUAUAGCAUUAA